AUGGCCCAACAAGAGUAUAAGCUUCUGGGUGACAAACUUUUCACCUACAAGGGCACCGUAUUACCAGUAGAUGACACACAGGAGCUGACGACGGAGUACAUAGACAGUCUAGAGAGCUUUGAGAUCAGAGACAGCGAUGUCUUUGUGGUUACCUUCCCCAAGUCCGGCACGGUAUGGACUCAGCGCAUCAUCACUCUCAUAUAUGAGGAGGACUUCCCCGAGCAGGCCAACGAGAUCACCUUUGCACGCAUGCCCUGGCUAGAGUUCCUGGAGAAGGGCAAGGACUACACCACACGGCCCUCGCCCCGCCUCUUCUGCUCCCACCUGCACUCCCACCUCAUGCCCCGUGGCCUACAGCAGGGCCGGGGGAAGAUCAUCUAUGUGAUGAGGAACCCCAAAGAUGCCAUGGUGUCAUAUUUUCACUUUGCCAAAUUCAUGAAGAAGCUGGACUCUCCUCCUGACUAUGACGGAAUGUUGGAGAAGUUCAUGUCUGGGUGGAUGGUUGGAGGGUGCUGGUUUGAUCAUGUCAAAGGAUGGCACACCAACAAGGACAAAUACAACAUACUGUUUCUGACUUAUGAGGAGAUGAUCAAGGAUCUAAGGUCGGUCAUAGUGAGGCUCUGUGACUUUGUGGGGAAGAACCUGUCUGACGCAGCAAUAGACAGCGUGGUGGAGCGGGUCACAUUCAACAACAUGAAGAAUGACUCGAAAGCGAACUAUGAGUUCCUCCCAGAUGAUGUAAAAGACCCCACCAAAGGAAAGUUCCUGCGUAAAGGAACCAUCGGCGACUGGAAGAACUGCCUGACGGUGGCCCAGAGUGAACGCUUUGACCAGGGCUACAAGGAGAGGAUGAAGGAUCUCCCUCUCCAGUUCGUCUGGGACAUUAAGGAGCUGCAUGGAUGAACUGCAUGAGAACUCAACCUACCACAUAAACACACAUGAGUUCUGGACAAUAGAACACCACUGGCAGUUUUUAAAACACUUUUUGCUGUCUCGCUCACAGAAGCUGAGGUAGCAGCACAUUGCAUCAUACUCUUACAUCACACUCUUUCCCUUCAAACUCAAGAGUUCAUGGAGAUUUAACUCAAGAGUUGUGUUUUGUUGAUUCAUGUCAAUUCAUGUUCUUUACAGGUGUCUCAUGCCACAACAGCCAUGGGCAACGUAAUGAAUUACAUGACCAGCUAUGCCCCAUCACAUGUUCUCAAUGACACUUUAUCCCUGAUCUUCACUGUGAACUAUGACAUUUAUUGCUACUAUUAGCAUUGCUAUGUUAUCUAAGAGUCUCAGGAAUCUUCUGUUAUCUGUUUAUGUUUUGUUAUGUCAGGCAAAUAUCACCUCAUGCUCUGGAUUACCAGAUUUUCAAAUAAGGUGCUAGAUUAUUACUAAUCACAUGGUCAUCUCAGAAUGAUAUGGACUGGAAAUGCAAUGCAAUCUUAUACAGUUAUUAGACAAUUCUGUGGAUAUAGGUAAUUUCACACAGAGAAACUAAGCCUCAUUUCCUCAUGUCGG